GGCUGUUUGGAUUGCUUCGACGCAUUAAAUAUCAUUUUUAAAAUGCUGCCAGGGACUAUCUCCUCCUAAAUUGGUGACGUACAAUGCGUACAUUUUGCUAAUAGUGACAACACAAUUCUAAAACAGGAGGGCUUGCUAAGCCACAUUUGCAAAAAUAUUUUCAAAAAGAUUUACUUGGUUUUACUCGAGAUUUACUUUUUUUGUACGUCAAAACUAUUUCGCUUGUUUACAUAUAUUAGUCUCUGAUAUUUGUAUUACCAUACAUAUAGGUGUCUAUAUAGUAUAUGUAAUAAUAUAUUUCAUUUAUUACAUUUUUUUCUCUUCCAAAUCAAAGCAGUGAUCAUUGCUCAAUAGGUGGCGGUAAUAUACUAUUACAGUGUGCAAACUACCAUGAAAUACAAGGAAGAAGAAAAAGACGGAAGACUAAAAAAAAUAGAACCAAAGUACAGUAGUCAUGAUGACUUCUCUCAAAUAUGGCAGCGAAGCAAUCAAAAGUGGGUAGCAUAGAUGCGUUCGUCCAUAAAGGUAUUUCAUAUUCGGGAUUCGUGGUUGCUAUUGAUAAACGAAGAGUUUAUGUUACGCAGACCAAAGGAUUUCGUCAGUCAGUUUGUACUGCCGAUUAAUUUUGAAAGUACUUAAUCGCUGCUGCCCCUUCUCAUGUUGAAACCAAAGAGCCUGUCCAAAGAUGUCAUGGUUCAAUUACGUCAGUCACAACCCGGAGCACCAGCCGCAAUUUUCCACCGACAGCUGCAGAAUGACGGCUACAGACGAUCUGUGUGCACCUUACGGCUCCACGCUCAGGGGGGCACCGACGGCUGAGGCGUCACCGAGCAUGGCAACGCAAAGCCGGGUUGGCUUUCCCUCCUGUCCUCCCACCCUGGAGAAUCUUACGUGUGGGUCUCCAAGCGGAGGCCAGGUUGGCGGACCGGAGCCGAUCUCUUAUGUGAGCCUGCAGGAGCAGAGAUGCGUCCUGAGCUGGUUCCAAGGCUGGAAUUCCUCCCAGCGGGAGAGAUUUCUCCAGGACCUGCUGGGAAAAGCUGUGCCUGGGAAGGUGUGCACCCUUCUAGACUCUCUCAAUACUCUUCAGGUGAAGGACAGACUACCAAACAUUUUCGAAUGCCAGCUACGCCUGUGGACUCAAUGGUUUCAGUCUUGGGGAGAAGAAGAGCGGAAUCAUUUCUUACACGUUCUGGAAGAAAGGGAUCCUACAUUUGUUGCCCACUUUUACAACUGCGUAGCGGGCACAGCGGGGAGAGACUGAGUCAUGAAUCCAUCUUGAAACCCCGAUUGGGACAAUCAGCAAAGUGAAUGCACUGCUUUGGUAUAAGACAGUAACCUCUUCCAAAAGAGAAAUAAAUGUUGUUGCGGGGUGUAACCUUUAUGUUUAAUAGACUUCUGAGCAUUGUGACCAGCUUUUUCUGUCUGUUUCUUAAUAAAUUCUUCAGGGAAACAUCACAAAGAAGUGUAUUUAUAGUCAUGCCCC